UUCCAGGUGCGUUUCCUUGAACAACAGAAUAAAGUGCUGGAAACAAAAUGGGCUCUGCUCCAGGAACAGGGCCAGAAAACCGUGAAGAGUAACACUGAGUCACUUUUUGAUGCUUACAUUAACGAUCUCAGGAAACAGCAGAAUGACCUGGAGAAUGAGAAAGUAAGGCUGGAUGGAGAACUAAAUAACACCCAAAAGCUUGUUGAGGACUACAAGAGCAAGUAUGAAGAUGAGGUCAAUAAGCGUACCGGAGCAGAGAAUGACUUUGUAAUCCUCAAGAAGGAAGUGGAUGCUGCUUACAUGGCCAAGACAGACCUAGAAGCUAAUCUACAAGCUUUAAUGGAUGAGAUUGAUUUCCUCAAGGUCCUAUAUGACAUGGAGCUCACAGAACUACAGACGCAAAUCUCUGAAACUUCUGUGAUUUUGUCCAUGGACAACAAUCGCAACCUGGACCUCAACAGCAUCAUUGAUGAAGUCAAAGCCCAGUAUGAAGAGAUUGCAAAGAGAAGCAGGGCUGAGGCUGAAGCGUGGUACCAAAGCAAGUACGAAGAACUCCAGAAUACUGCUGGAAGACACAGUGAUGAUCUUCGCAACACCAAGCAUGAGAUUUCAGAUCUUAACCGACAAGUCCAGAGACUCAAGGCUGAAAUUGAAAGUGUGAAGAAGCAGGUAGGUUAUUGCAUUCUCCCAAAGUUAUCAUCAUACUGUG